GUCCCUAUGGGCGAUGCGAUCAGGUGCGACACGUGUCAACAUCUUUUCGGCUGCCGCGGGCUCGCUCGCUGGCUGCACAAUCGGUGACGACGUGGCAAAACCGUUAUGCCGACCCGCGUCCCGACGCUCAUACAUUGACCUCCACACUCUUACCCUCAUACUCUUGAUUUCCACAUGCAUAUCAGUUGAUGACGUGCAUCACUCAUCAACGCAGGAACCAAAGAUUAAAGGAAGUGUGCGAAGCCACUGCGGCGGACAAUCCUUAGCUAUUACACCACAACCAACGUGUAUGUCCUCUGAGCGCGUUGAUGUUGAUGCGCUUUUCAUGUUCAAGCGGGCGAAGAAUGUUAUGAGUUGCAUCAUCGCUGCUCGUAUCGUCUAUCUUGCUCUUGCCUUCUCAUAGGCGCGUUUGGCGCACAGACAAGCGCUGAUUCUCGGGGUUAGCUAGCAGCAGAUGACGCGCUGGGCGCGCGAGGGUCGCCGCCUGCUGAAGGGUGGCGGCGGCGGAGUAGGCGGAGGCGGGUACCGAGGUGGAGCUGCGGGGUCAGCCGUGGUGGCAGCCACUGUGAUCAGCAGCAGCAGCAGUAGCGGCAGUAGCAGUAGAAGCCGCAGCAGCGGCGGCGGCCACAACUGGCGUGUCCUGGUUAUCGUGCUCUCCUGCGUGGCUGGGGUGAUCCUGCUGAUUGCGUUACUCCUGUGGCUCAACAGGCGGCACCGCGCCAAGCACGGCUCCAACAUGUGGAACCGGCGCUCCUCCCGCGUCACUGACUCCGGCGCUGCAGCUGCAUCCGCAACGUCUGCUGCAGCCGAAGCUCCAAAUGCAGCUGCCACGACAGGCGGGCUUCUGCCGGCACCGGUGCUAGGUUUGCCCACGUACAUAGGCGAAGCAGUGCCCCACCCGCCGCAGGAACAUGAUCCAGGGACACACCAACGGCCGUGUUUCAGCUCCGCGCCACCGCUGCCCCCGCCGGACGGCCCCCUGCAGUUGCCAAACGUUCCGUCGGUGGAGGGCGGAACCCGGGUGCCACCGCCACAGCCGGCGGUGCUUGGGGGUAUGGCCACUACUGGGUGGCCACCUCAACCGCAAGACGAGGCAGCAGGAGCAGCAGGAGCAGGAGGAGCGAGAGGCGGGAUGGCAGCAGCAGCAGAUCCGUAUCGCAGCAGCCGUACAAGUAGCAGCAGUUGCAGCAGUUGCAGCAGCUUUGGAGGCAGCCAUGGAGGCGUUGGAGGGGCGGAGGUGCAGACGUGUGUGGGAGCCACGCCGCCGGCAGACGCACGGAACCCCGGUGAUGGUCGCGAGGGUGCUGGUGCUGGUGCUGGUGCUGGUGCUGGUGCUGGUGCUGGUGCUGGUGCUGGUGCUGGUGCUGGUGCUGGUGCUGGUGCUGGUGCUGGUGCUGGUGCUGGUGCUGGUGCUGGUGCUGAUAGUGGAGGCAGUGCCAGUGCUGCUGCAGCUGCGCUUGCCGCCAUGCCGCCGUACGGGCAGCUCCAACAGGCGCCGCAGCCAACCGCCACGUCACUGCCUGCGCCGUUGCCGGACAAGCAGCCGUAUAAACCUGCACAGCAGCAGGCAGCGGGCGAAUGGGGCGCUGGGCAGCAGCUGGCGGGGGCGGGGGGAGGGGCGGUUCGAUAUCCUGGCGUGGCCCCGGCGGCGGAUGGUCACAUGCUGGCGGCCGACCGGCUGGUGCAGCAGCGGUGAUUGUGGUUCUUACAAGUGAUAUGUCCAUGAAGGGGCCAAGGCACUUUUCGGCCGCAUCGCCCCCUACCUCUGCCUGGGAGCUUCGUGAUUGGCCUUUCUCUGUUUGGCCUCGAAGACUCGGCAAAUGACUCGGCAGGGACCGAGCGAUCCCCUGAGCUAAACCGGCCGCUGCUACGGUAUCCUUGGUUGGUUGGCGGUGAUGAAGUAAAUAGCUGGCCUGCGUGCUGUACGGUAUUUUUGUGCUGAGCCCCCUAUGGCGUGCCCUAUGCGUGUGAGCCCUUUGCAUUGUGUGUGUUUCACAGAGGGAGGGGUAGCAGGGCUCAGCGGGGUGCGCCUGCUGAUUUCAUGCCGGUUUCCUUGGUCCAUGGAGCGUCCGUUGAUACGGAGCGUCCGUGUCUUUGUAUAGUUGUAGAAGAGAGACUUAUUUCGC